AUGUUUGCUUGCUGUGUUGGAGAUAUCAACCAGGAACCCGGUGAGAUCGUUGAGACCAAAACUCUUCCUGUCUUGCAGGAAAAGGGGACUCAAUCAACCGAAAAAGAAGAUGCCUCCGGAUCCUUUACCGUGUUGGUGCCCGCAAAACGUCAUGCUACCUUGGGGCUGGAACUUGACACCUCCGGUGCCCAUGGACCAACCGUUGCGGAAGUGAAGAAGGGUGCCGUGGAUGAUUUCAACCAGCUCAACCCGCUUCGCACCAUCCUGCCACACGACAUGGUGGUGCAAAUGGGCGAUGCCAAGGGAACCAAGGCCAUCCUUGCAAAGAUGGCCGCACCUUUACAUGAUGUGAAGUUGACGUUGCAUCGUCCCAGAAGGAUGCAAGUGAAACUGCGCAAGGAGGCCAAAUCCAGCCUGGGCAUCAAGUUGAUUAUCAAGGAGAUGUGCCCAGGUGCUGUGAUUACGGAAGUCAAACCCACUGGGUUAGUGGGCAAAUGGAAUGCCAAGAACCCCUCAGAUGCCAUCGGGGUCUCCGAUCGGCUCCUGGCCGUGAAUGGCCUGACCGAACUCAAAGAGACGUUGGCUGAGGACCUGACAAACGAGACGGAGCUGGAGUUAACGUUCCUAAAGUACUGA